AUGUGACCAACCAUGUAGACCCUCUCUCUGUGCUGGCUGCUCCCCUGUGGUACUCUCUGCCAGUUCUGGAGCCUCUCCUGUAGACCACUCUGCAGCUUCUGGAGCUCCCUUGCCUUUCUGUCUUUGUCACCCGUUGUCUGCAGCCCGGGGGCCCGGACUCCCUCAUUUCUGCGAAACCAUGACCUAGCUCCACUUCGCUUCGUGCCGCCGAUCCAAGUUCUGGGAACCGCAUUCGGGACACCGCUCAGGGAGGUGGUCACACGGCAGGUUCAGUCAGAUACGUGGGUGACGGCAGUCGGGGCAGGCAGGUUAUGCAGGAGUCUCCUGGGGCUGUUCCGCUCUCCAACAAGUAGACCGAAUGGUCGUAAUGGGGGCACGGAAAGAGGUCCUUCGGCACAACUAGUCCAUGCCAACCAAGAUUCCCAAUCCAAGCUAGUUCCAUUUGCCAGCAUUUGGCCUUUUAAAACUUUCCAAGCCACCUACCUGUCCAACUGUCAUUUAAAAGUUAUUAUUGUACCUGCUGAACUGCAUCCUCCGGCAGCUGAUUGCAUACAGACACCACCCUUUGUGUAAAAAAAAACUUGCCCCUCAAUGUCCUCUUAAAUCUUUCCCUCUCAGCUUAAAGCUUUGCCCUCUGACACUUUAAUCCCCAACUUUGGGAAACCGGCUGUGUGCAUUCACCCUAUCUAUGCCCCUCAUGAUUUUAUACACCUGCGUAAUAUCACCUCUCAGUCUAAGGAAUAAAGUCCUAGUCUGCCCAACCUCUCCCUAUUACUCAGUCCCUCAAGUACCGGCAACAUCAUUGUAAAUCCUUUCUGCACUCUUUACAGUUUACUGACGCAUUUCCGAUUGCAGGGUGACCAAACCUGAAUACAGUUCUCCAAGUGUGGCCUCACCAGCGUCCUGUACAACUGCAACAUGACCAACCAUUUUUUAUGCUCACUGUUCUGACUGAUGAAGGCCCGUAUGCCAAAAGCCUUCUUCACCACGCUGUCAACCUGUGACUCCACUUUCAGUGAACCUUAUACUUGCACACCAAGGUCCCUCUGUUUUACAACAGUCCCCAGUGCCCUGCUGUUCACAGCAGAUUGCAAAGGUAGGACUUUCACUCUCACCCUCUGCCUCCUUUGACUACGCCAACUUGGAUACAAUUAGCCAAAUUGCUCUGAAUCCCAAUGGCUCUAAGCUUUUGGACGAGGCUCCCAUGUAGGAACUGGUCAAAGUCCAAAUUAAAGUCUAAUUUAACUGCACCACCCUCAUCGACACACAGCCACCUGCUUGUAAAUUCACUCAAACUAGUCAGACAUGACCUCCGACUACUAAAGGCUUGCUGACUCUCCCUUAUCAAUCCUUGCCGUUCCAAAUGCGGCUUACUGCUGACAUCGGAAUAUUUUCCAAAAAAUUGUUUUCCACUGACUGUGGACUCUCAGCCUCUGAUCUCUUGGAUCAACAAACAUGUGAUCCAGAUGAACUUCGCUCAGCGCCUCCACUCCAGUUCCGGAAACCCUGCUGUGGACCCAGUCCCAGUUGUGAGCUUCUCUGCAGACACCACUGUGUUGACAAUGUCAAAGGAAGCUGUUGAUUCCCGCACUGGUUUUUGGAGAAGUUUCCGCUGUCUGUCUCCCUCUGGCGGUCUUGGCAGUGGGUGAAUCUCGUUGUCCAGUGUGGGCUCCUGCUGUGCAGUGAAGGGGUUGGGGUGUCAUGGAGCCCUGCCGGGACACGGUGAGUGAACGAUGGCUGGUGUUCUAUCCAACCUGUACUACAGCGCACAAGAUGCGAAGGAUCUGGCGGAUGCUUAUCGCCGUGAAGGUGAGAAGGGUCUUCAAUCUGUCAUCCAGAGCAAAUCCAAGCAGUUCGCCAACGUGCAGUUUCGGAUUGCGGUGAUGGGUGAAUCCGGGGCGGGGAAAUCGACCCUGAUCAACGCCCUGCUCGGGUUGGAUGAGGCUGAAGGAGGGGCUGCCACAACGGGCUAUCAGGAGACCAGCACAGUAAUAACACCUUACUCCCACCCCACCCUCCGUAACGUUCGCUAUUAUGACUUCCCCGGACUGAACACGCCCAGAUUCCCAGUGAAAAAGUUCAUGAAGGAGACCAACUUUUCCCAGUGUGAUUUGGCCAUCAUUGUGACCGGCUCUCGGUUCACGGAGAACGACCAGUUACUGGCCAAGGCGCUGGAGAAGGCGGGUAAACCCUUCUACCUGGUGCGCUCUAAGAUCGACGACACUGUCAGGGCGGAGAGCCGCAAGAAGGGUUACAACCAGGAGGAGAUGUUCCUGCGUAUGAGGGAACAGUGCAUCUCCUCACUGAAGGCGGCAGGAAUACAAGAACCACGCGUUUUCUUCUAUUCCGCCUUUGACCUGGAUAAGUACGACUUCCCCAAGUUAAAGGAAACCAUGGUGUCCAAUCUCUCGGAGGUACAAAGGAAUUUAUUCCUGGUGUCUCUCCCCAACACAUCCGAAGCUGCGAUAGACAGUAAACGCGAUGCUCUGCGGCAUUUCAUCCAGAGUGUGGCCAUCGCCUCGGGGGUUAUCGGUGCAGUUCCCGUGCCGGGCUUGUCCCUGGCCUGUGACCUGGCCCUGAUUGGCUCGGGUAUCCUGUUCAUACGGAAGGAACUGGGUCUGGACGAUAGGUCUCUGGACAAACUGGCCCAGACAGUGGGGACAAGUGUGACGGUGCUGCGGAAAGAUACCAAGCAGGAAUGGGUGUUCGGGGAGAUCACCCGGGAGCAGGUGAUACUGUUGCUGCAGAGAAGCACCGCGGCGCUGGCUCUGACAGCUGCCGAGCCUUUCCUCGACUUUGUACCCAUUCUGGGCUCUUUCUUUGGGGCGACAACGUCCUUUGGGGUGACUCUCGUGAUGCUGACCAAUUCACUGGAUGUAAUGAUGGAAACAGCUAAAAUCGUCCUGAAAAAUGCCAAGGCAGCAGCUUCUGAAGCUCCUGGUAAUGUCGCAGGUUACCGAGGGCCGUAGACAGGGUGGCCCCGAUACCCUGUCCCCCUGGGACAUUCCUGUUCACCCUUUGUCCCAAGGAAUAUCCCCGGUGCCCCGUCCCGAGAAAAAUUCUCGUUAACCAUUUGUCCAAGGAUUAUCCCUGUUACCUCCCCCUGUACAAAAGGUCAUUCUUGUUCCAAUACCCUUGGAAGUAUCUCUGUUAACCCCUCCCAAGGAAUAUUCCUGAACCUCUGUUCCAAAGCAUGUCCUUGUUAUACCGUCCUGAUAUCCAUUACACGAUCUCAAAGUCUUUCUCAUACCCUGUCCCUAGUUGAAUUCCUGUUACCCUUCCGCCUGCCGGGAUAUUCCCUGUUAUCCCAAGAGUCAUUUAUACACAUUUGCUGCCUGACCCGCUGAACAGUCCCACCACUUCCAGAUUUAUCUCAGAUUUCCAGCAUCUGCAGCACUUUAUUUCAAAAUGCCUCACAGUUUAAUUUUCAUUCAGUAAUCCUGAUGUGGAUGUUUAAUGCCCUCCUUUUGUACGGAUUGUCACCUGUCUUAUAAUCCUCUCCUCUGAACUGUUGUGUAUUUCUAGCGUUUGAUGAUUUCAGUUUUGAUUUCCAACACCUGCAACAUUGCGUUUUUGUAGUUUCAAUAUUGUGAUCCUGAUGUCCGGAUAAAGUGUUGGAAUGUUGGUCAUUCCCCAUCGAUCUGUGGGAAAUGUCACUGGGUGCAGUGGGGGUGUGUUCACUCUGAAACACAAUUGGAUGGAGCUGUAAUUUCUCAGCAAUGGCCACCCUCGGGCUGACUGUCUUUCCCCUGGCCAGGACUGUCACUGCCUUGAAGAAGGGUCCUGACCCGAAACGUUGACCGCCUGCUUUUCUCCACAGAUGCUGCCUGGCCUGCUGAGUUCCUCCAGCAUCAUCUUGUUUUUAGUCUAGAUUCCAGCAUCUGCAGACCUUUGUUUCUCUGUCACUGCCUUUCAUGUAGGACAGGGUCACUGGAGGGUGACGCCAUUACCUGAAACCCCACAUUCAGACCAUCCAUAUCCUACCCGUUGUUGGCCACCCCUGUCCGGUGCAAAUUACUGCAGUUGGGCAACGCUUAAAUCCUGCCCUCCAUUCAGUGUCAGCUACCACAGUGGACCAGCAUUGAUCGAAGCUGAGGAACAGUAGGGUGCCCUGGUGUUUUAGUGGUGCCCAAAAUUCUUCCAGAGAAGGAAGCGACUGAGGGAAACACCCAGUUUAUUUUUCAUCACAAUUGUUAUCAAAACAAGCUUUAGUUGGAACGGAACAUGCUGGAUGGAGCCCAGCUCAGGGCAGUAUGGUUAAAUAUCCUGUCUACUCAUGAUGUGUGUGGAUAUCCCAGCCCUAUGGUAGUUCCAUGUCCCACUGCUGUGUGCAUUCUUUUACUCAUUUCCAGCAUGUGUACCGCUGACAGUGCCAGCAUUUUCUGCCUUGGACUAUUGGCUCCUCCGUUCAGAGUGCAGAAGGCCAAAAGAUUCCUUCCUUACGGGUAGCCAAUUGGGUUUUACUGACAACCAAGAAUGUUCAUGAUCACCCACACUGAACCUGCCUUCAAUCUCAAUGCAUUCAGUUCACUGAAUUUAAAUUCCUCAGCCCUACUGGGCUAAAAUGUGCAGGCACGGUCGUAUAGCGGUUAGCAUAACACUAUCAGAACACCAGCGACACAGGUUCAAUUCCGGUCACUGUCUGUGAGGCAUUUGUACGUUUUCCCCGUGUCUCUGUGGGUUUCCUCCCACAUUCCAAAGAUGCACGAAUUAGGAAGUUGUGGGCAUGCUAUGUUAGCGCCGGAAACUUGGCGACACCGGUGGUCUGCUCCCAGAACACUCUACGCAAAAGAUGUAUUUCACUGUGCUUUUCGAUGUACAUGUGACUAAUAAAGAUAUAUUAUCUACUGUGAUUUGAAAACAACCUCCUGGAUUAUUUUGUCCAAGUCUCGAUCCAGUAUGCAGACCUGGAGGUCACUGUACACACCAUCUUUCAUCAUAGCUUAAUUUAAUGUUUUUUUUCUGUUAGACUUUGAUGCACUUUUGAAUCAAGAAUAAAAUUCAGCCA